AUGACUGAGGAGAUUCUUCUUUAAAAUUUGUUUGGCUCUGCACUUGACACAGAUUGAGAAUUGUCUUCCUGCACUGUUAAUGGGGACACAGUUAAAAGAAUCUGUAUGGGAUCCUAAGGAUUUACGGAUGGAUGAUGCGCUUACAAUGAUUAAGGUCAACAUGGAUUCGUGGUUCUUUGUCCUCUUGCUUGGAAGUGGCCUGACAUGUCUAGGUGCAGACAACAUUACCACAGUGCCACCGUCUACAGAGCACACCUCCACUGUGCAUUCUGUGAAAGCCCUUACAUCGAAGGCAGGUGGCGAAAAGAUCACUAGUCCAAACAGCCUGAAUGCUAGCUCUCCAACAACCGUACCUUCCGUGGUGUCAGCGCCUACGACUCUGCAAACCCCAGAACUCACCCAGGAUGCCACUGGCGUCUCGCCAGUUACUGAAAACAGCACCAUGAGGACAACUGUGCCUGUGCCUGCAUCCACCUCUAGUCCACCCAGCACAACAUCUUCCCUUUCACAAACAGCUUCUCAAGAUGUAAAGACAGUGGCUGCAGUAGGGAGCAUCACUAUGGAAGUGACUUCUUCAGAAGCCAUUGUCACUUCAGGUGGGCCAGCAGACGGCCAAGGUUUGGGCAGAAGAGAUGAGACUCCAAUUAUAGCUGUAAUGAUAGCCCUAUCUUCCCUGCUAAUCAUCGUAUUUAUAAUUAUUGUGCUAUAUAUGUUAAGGUUUAAGAAAUACAAGCAAGCUGGGAGCCAUUCCAACUCAUUUCGCUUGUCCAAUGGCCGAACAGAUGACACAGAGCCUCAGAGCAUGCCGCUGCUUGCCAGAUCUCCCAGCACCAACAGGAAGUACCCGCCACUGCCUGUGGAUAAAUUGGAAGAAGAGAUUAACCGGCGAAUGGCAGACGAUAAUAAACUCUUCCGGGAAGAAUUCAACGCUCUCCCAGCAUGUCCCAUCCAGGCCACAUGCGAAGCUGCCUCCAAGGAGGAGAACAAAGAGAAGAACAGAUAUGUCAACAUUUUGCCCUAUGAUCAUUCCAGGGUUCAUCUGACUCCCGUUGAAGGUGUCCCGGAUUCAGAUUACAUUAACGCCUCCUUCAUUAAUGGAUACCAAGAUAAAAACAAGUUUAUUGCUGCACAAGGACCAAAAGAAGAAACAGUAAAUGAUUUCUGGAGAAUGAUUUGGGAGCAGAACACAGCGACAAUUGUCAUGGUGACCAACCUGAAAGAGAGAAAAGAGUGCAAAUGUGCUCAGUACUGGCCAGACCAGGGCUGCUGGACUUACGGAAACAUCCGGGUAUCUGUGGAGGAUGUGACAGUCUUGGUUGACUACACAGUGCGAAAGUUCUGCAUUCAACAGGUAGGUGAUGUCACAAACAAAAAGCCUCAGCGCUUGGUGACCCAGUUCCACUUCACCAGCUGGCCUGACUUUGGAGUCCCCUUCACCCCCAUCGGGAUGCUGAAGUUCCUAAAGAAGGUGAAGACAUGCAACCCCCAGUAUGCAGGGGCAAUCGUCGUACACUGCAGUGCUGGAGUCGGACGCACAGGCACUUUUAUUGUCAUUGACGCCAUGCUGGACAUGAUGCACGCAGAGAGGAAGGUGGACGUGUAUGGUUUCGUGAGUCGGAUCCGGGCUCAGCGCUGUCAAAUGGUACAGACAGAUAUGCAAUAUGUGUUUAUCUACCAAGCACUUCUGGAGCACUAUCUGUAUGGAGACACAGAGCUGGAAGUGACCUCGCUAGAGACCCACCUCCAGAAAAUCUACAACAAAGUGCCAGGGACCAGCAGCAACGGUCUGGAGGAGGAGUUCAAGAAACUAACUUCAAUCAAAAUCCAGAAUGACAAGAUGAGAACAGGCAACCUGCCGGCAAACAUGAAGAAAAACAGGGUGCUUCAAAUAAUUCCAUAUGAGUUCAAUCGAGUGAUCAUUCCAGUGAAGAGAGGCGAAGAGAACACAGACUAUGUCAAUGCGUCCUUUAUUGACGGUUAUCGCCAGAAGGACUCGUAUAUCGCCAGCCAAGGCCCUCUCCAGCACACGAUAGAGGAUUUCUGGAGGAUGAUCUGGGAGUGGAAAUCCUGCUCUAUAGUUAUGUUAACAGAGCUAGAGGAGAGAGGCCAGGAGAAAUGUGCCCAGUACUGGCCUUCUGAUGGCUGCGUGUGCUAUGGAGACAUCACCAUGGAGCUGAAAAAAGAAGAAGAAUGUGAGAGCUACACAGUGCGGGACCUGCUAGUAACAAACACCAGGGAAAACAAGAGCCGGCAGAUUCGACAGUUCCAUUUCCAUGGCUGGCCAGAAGUUGGAAUUCCUAGCGAUGGGAAAGGAAUGAUCAAUAUCAUUGCAGCAGUGCAGAAACAGCAGCAGCAGUCUGGGAACCAUCCAAUCACUGUGCACUGCAGUGCUGGGGCAGGAAGAACAGGAACCUUCUGUGCACUGAGCACUGUCCUGGAAAGGGUGAAAGCCGAGGGGAUUCUGGACGUCUUUCAGACAGUGAAGAGUUUAAGAUUACAGAGGCCGCAUAUGGUGCAGACACUGGAACAGUACGAAUUCUGCUACAAGGUGGUGCAGGAAUACAUUGACGCCUUUUCCGACUACGCCAACUUCAAGUGACAAAACAACAAAAAUGACAGAAGAGUUGCCUUCUUUAAUAUUUUGUAAUAUUCAGUUUGUUAAUAUACCCCCCAGAUUAUGUGUAUAUAUCUUAACUGUUUUAGAGAUUGGUACCAUAGGCUUCAUAUUAGCUGGAGAUUUUAUAUGUAGCAAAAGUGUUAGCGCAGAUACUGUUGGCUCCUUUUUUCCAAUGUUUUAUUGGGGAAUUAAAUAGCGUGAUGUUUGGAUUAA